AUGGCCGAUUCAGUCGCAGUCGUCUCCUUUGCUGUCACCGUAGCCAGCUUUGCAAACAACAUUCGCACCAUUGCGACCCGUCUGCAAAACCAAAAGGCUAAUCAAGCUCAAUUUGACCUCCUCUACGAAAUCGCAGCGACAGCAGCCGACGUCAACCAUCUCGCCACCACACUCACCAACGAGUCCCGGGCCUCGGAAGAGGACAUUGUCGACAAUAACGUGGUCACUAUCAGCCAUGAUCUUUCUACUGUACGAGACAAGCUCAUCACCGCAAAGUCCACCCAAGAUAUUCGAGCAUCUGCUCAGAAUCUGGAACAAAUACGAGAACGCCUAACUUCACUCUGCGCACGCCAUGGUAUACUACCCCAAGAUCAUAGUCUUAGCAACCCCCUUUCUCCAUCACGACAAGAACAUCCCAGUUCGCUCGAGGCCUCUAGACCACUCGAUUCCCCCACCACGCCUCCUGCUCGUCAACACUCACGACGCACCGUGUUCAUAUCACAAAAUCCGACAGCUCUAUGCCGACCUGUCGAAGCUACCAUAGAAGUCAACUCGCAACAAAAUCUCAUCUCCCACACUUUUCUCCAGUCAAUCUCCUUGUCGCCUACUUGGAAUUCUUCCGCAACCUGGGUGCGUCUUUUCCAACGCUUGAACUUCGCCUCGACCACAUGGUCCAACACUCAGCAAGACACUGUGAACCUCCGAGUCUCUAGAACCGCCGCUUCAGAGAGACACCUGCUUUGUUUUCAUGUCUACCACGGCCUCUCAUUCUUCGGAGACGUACUUCUCGGCCAAGACAGCCUUCUUGUCCAAGGCUCACUCCUCGAACCACCUGGCUCUCCUGCCGAGCGCCAGAGACUCAAGAGUAUCUAUGUUUGUCCAAGAGAGCUCAAAACCACCGACAUCGUCCUUGUUCAUGGGGCGCACGGCGAUGCCCGGGAAACGUGGAGCGGGAGAUCUAAAGUCUUCUGGCCUCGCGACUUCCUCGCCCAAGACCUGAAGGAAUGCUCAAUUUGGUCCUAUGGCUAUGACGACGCCUCAUUUCGAGACCAUGAUGCUACUUCCUUGGAGAGCAGCCUUUCCCAGCAUGCAGAUGACCUCAUCCACCAAAUCAAUCGCAAUCAGACCUUGAAGUCCCCCAUACUCUUCAUCUGCCACAGCCUAGGUGGAUAUCUCGUCAAGCUGGCUCUUUCUCGCUCUGCCAUCUCCCUGCCUUCGCUUCGAACCCUGGGUAUCGUCUUUUUUGGCACUCCACACGCCUCCGUCUCUCCAACCGCUUUCCUGGAAGACAUCAUCUCCACGAGCAAGGCCUUCAAAGGCAUGGCCACCGACACCACCCACUUCUAUCGACACAGUCUCACCGCCCUCGCAAAUCACUUGUCCCAAGGAUUUUCCAUGUUGAUGGACCGAGGCCAGUUCCCCAUCAUCUCUCUCUUUGAGAGCAAGCCGACAAUGACAGGACGAGGUCCCCGCACCGUUGUUCCACCCAUGUCGAGGUUAGAUCAUCCCGACGAGUCGUGGGCUGUGCUAGAGGGCGAUCAUCUCUCCAUUUGCAAAUUCACCGCACGUGAAGAACAUGGGUAUCAGAAACUCAAGACCAUGAUCCAGAAGCUCUUGGGCAACGACAUGAUUGGUGGGGGCUGGGAUUACCUGGAAUCCGUACAAGGAAUCAGACUUUCCGAGCAAUUGACUUCUGUUUCCGACGGCGAUCUGGUCGAUAUUGACAAGAUUUACCUCAACUUUAGACAGAGAAUAGACCUGCCCGGGCUCAGAUGGGCUGCACCACAAACAAACGACGAGCCAAACGUGGAGUGGUUCAAAGAAGAGUUUUUGCGCUGGGCACAACAAGACAGCCUUUCGCCUUUGGUCAUCCACGGUCCGUAUGCAUGUGGCAAGACUGCCAUAGCCCAAAGAGCCCAAGAUUGGAUCAGCUCCUCUACCCAAUUGCGGGAUGGUGAGGACAGCACGAGCAAGAUCUGUACGCUGCAGCUCUUCUUCAAGGCCGAUCAGGAGACUCAGCAAACCCCGAUCCACAUGCUGGAGUCGUUGAUCGCACAAGCUUUGGACCAGAAUGAGGCUUUGAUCUACCAUCUUCAAAAGACGAGACCAACAUCCAAAGACCACUCAGUUACGCUGGCCCUGGCACUGCUCCAGGAAACACUUCGAACCAUACUCGAAAGUCCGUGCUGGGCUGUCAUUUUCCUGAUUGUCGAUGCACUCGACGAGUGUAAGAUUCUGCUCAUGGAUUCUUUUCUCGAAACUCUGAACUUCAUUUUCGAUAUCGACCGUGUCAAGCCGUUGAUUACCAUCAGUGUCGCUGCCACAGAUGCCCCGACUGUACAAGACCCGGCCUACCGACUUCUGAACGAGCUGUUUUCGAGGAGAAACUGUACCGAAAUGGAUCUCCUCCAAAGUAGAGCCUGGAAUCGCUCGUUGGAGUCAUACGCGCGCCAGCAGCUAAGCAGCUUUGCUAAAGCAUAUCCUGUCAGCACAGUCUAUCUCAGCAUGUUCCAAAAGGCCCUCUUGUCGCUACCAAACAGGUCAUUCGGCGUUAUUGAUCUGGCGGUGAAGCACUUCCGCGAAUUGCAUCUUUCGGACUCGAUGCUAUCCGAGGACGCUGCUCGCACUAGCGUCAAACAGUUAGAACGCCGAACCUUUAUCGAAGGAAUUUUGCUCGAUGUGGCCAAUUCCGCUGGGCCAGAGGCGCACUGGGUGCUCUCUGUGGUCGCUUGUGCUUUUCAACCCCUUCGUGUUAAGGAGCUGGCCGCCAUCUAUGAGCGCAUUGAACGAUCCUUGGAGACUCCUUCGUCAGUCCUAGCAGACAGGACGCGACUUUUGUCGCUUCUAGAAGGGAAGCUACGACCUUUGAUCCGGAUUGACGGUGAUGGCCUCCACCUCAAGAGUCAGUUGGUUCGUACCAUUGUCAAUGAACGCAUGAGUCGUCUUGCACCGCUGGAAUUCUCAGAGACUAGCGCACAACUCGAUUGGCAGGCGCCACGCCGGCUACACCUGACACUUAGUUGGGCCUGCCUGGAAAUUCUACAGGAUUGCUUAGAGAGUGAACUAGAAGACGCUAGCGGACUCAGUCGAGCUAAAAUCGUCGGUGUAGCAGCCCAGAGGUAUGCUGGAAGGUACUGGGACAGUCAUUUGAGAGAAGCUGGUAGCCUGGGCUCUCAAAUCAACAGCCUCGUCAUGAGAUGGUCGAAUCUCCAAGAGAGCGUGCAUGGGGGCAAGGUCCGACGGCCGAGCACCGUGGCAAAGAAUCUCCUUCGACGUCUUACCGAUCAAAAUCUGUUUGAGACGAUUGGAACGGUUUUUGACGAGCCAGAUCAAGAGCUGGACGUCCCCAGCGUCGAGGACAUAGAUCGAAUCUUGGAAAAUUCUGCCGAAGGGCCGUCGCCUCCCACCGUGCAUGCAUUAAGAUCCAUGUCCUUUCGAGCCGGUGAGCAGAGCAACACGUCGCUGGCCAUGUUUGCAUUGGCGGAAGGCGAUACAGCCGCCCUGAAGGUGCAUCUGAACUCCCUCGACGCCCAUGAAAAACAAAAGUGCCUCCACAAGAGCAUCGAAAUGCAAAAGCUGUCUCUGGUCAAGACAGUGCUGGAGUCAUUUGACGAAGCGCACCAAGUACCCCAAAAGUUGGAUACGCUGGCCUACGCGGUCCAAUUUAAAUCUUCGGACAUUGUUCAGUUUCUGCUCACUCGAUCGACUCUGUUCGACCUUGACGGCGCGCUCGACACUGCCGUGGAUAGAAACGAUGCCGAGAUCUGCGAGCAACUUCUGCAACACGGCGCUGGAUUAUCUCUGGCGCAGCAAAGUCCGCCAAAGUCGACACCACUCCAUCGAGCCGCUCGACGCGGAGACAAAAAGCUCGUUUCACUCAUGCUCGAAUGGGGCGCUUACGUGAAUAUUACCAAUAGUAAGAGGCAGACACCGUUACACCAUGCGGCAAAGUCUGGGCGGCUGGAUAUCAUCAAAAUCCUCAUCGCGGCAUCGGCGUCGGUAGUUGCUGUCGACAACCAUGGACAGACCGCUCUCUUUGCAGCAUGCACUUUUGCACAGACUGACGCGGUCAAGUUGCUGUGGGCAUGCGGCUCCAACAUCUUCCACCGCGAUGUCAAUGGGCGAUCGAUGCUGCACGCUGCCGCCAGACACGGACCCCGCAUCAUAGUAGACCUGCUCAUUACAUCAGGGAUUUCUCCAAGGAGUCAGGACAAAAAGGGAAUCAUGCCCAUUCAUGAGGCGUGCCAGAGUGGCUGGGUGCCCAUUGUGGACUUGUUGUUGGAAAAGGGAGCAUCAGUCCAAGAUCGUGACGAGAGAGGUUGGACGAGUUUGCAUCAUGCCUGCAGGUGUCGGGACGUCCCUGAACGGAUAGUUAAGUACCUCCUUGACCACGACGCCGAUGCCUCUGCUCGAGAUUUCAAUGGGUGCACACCACUGCUGGUUGCAGCACGGUACUCGACGGUCCGAACGCUAAGAAUUUUCUGGGACCUCGACCGCAGUCUCUUUGAUCAGACCGAUGCUAGCGGGGCAGGUAUCUGGGACUAUCUCAAUGUUGAACUCAGAAUGGACUCAGAAGCGGAUCUUCAAGAGGAGAAGCACGCAUUUUUAUCGAGACACCUUGGCGAGCCAAGUCCUCACCAGCGGCGACCCGGAGUCACGUUUGAAGUGCCUUCCCCAGACCGAGGCGAUGGAGAAAUGUUGAUAGCUGAUGACGACCAGGGGGACCCAGGACACGCCUGGAGGCCCUGA